GCAGUCAGUUCCUUACCAGACCUCGAACAGACGAGACGAGGGAGACUCUUUUUUUUAUGCAACGUGAUUCUGAAGGAGGGCGCAAUGCUUGUCCUCAUUCUCGUCCUUGAGAUCCUGCUCUGCGCAGCCCAAGAAUGGCAGCCCCCGGAGAUCAGACUGAACUCGGGAGAGGUUCUGGACCAGCCCGAGCUGGUCCUGAGUCGCUCUACGUCGCUGGUUCUGCGCUGCACGGGGAGCGGCGCCGUCACCUGGGUCACCCGCCUGGCCCGGCACAAGAAGCACAUCUCCAAGGGCCCGGGGAAGGACAGCGUCUUACGCAUCAACAACCUCACCGCGGAGCACACCGGAACCUACACGUGCGAGUACCAGGCCCGGCCGGGACUGCAGACGUCCGUCCACGUCUACGUGAACGAUCCAACAAUUCUUUUCACCACCUCGAGCACCAGGCUGGUGAAGAAGGAGGGGGAAGACUGUAUGCUGGCCUGCCUGCUGACGGACCCCAACGCCACGGAAUUCUCGCUGCGCAUGCAUAACGGCUCCUCCGUCCCACCCGGGAUGAACUACACCGUCGACCCCAAGCGAGGGGUCCUCAUCCGAAACCUGCACCCCAGCUUCAACGCUGACUACGUCUGCGUCGCCAAGGUCCGGGGCUUGGAGAAGGCCUCCAGACCCUUCUCCAUCAACGUCAUCCAGAAGCUGCGGUCCCCCCCCUACGUGUUCCUGGAGGCGGAUGAGUACGUGCGCAUCGUGGGAGAGCAGCUGAGAAUCCGCUGCUCCACGCACAACCCCAACUUCUACUACAACGUCACCUGGACACACUCCUCCCGCAGUUUGCCAGCCCCAGAGGAGAAGAGUCAUUCAGAAGGUAACCGGCUGGACAUCGUUAGCAUCCUGACCAUUCCCUCCGUGAAGAAGACGGACACAGGAAACAUCACCUGCGUGGGAGUCAAUGAGGCAGGAACAAACAGCACCAUCACCCACCUGCAGGUCGUAGAUGGGCCGUACAUCCGCCUGUCCCCGUGGCUGCAGCGCGGCUUCGCCCGUCAGGGCACGGACGUGGAGGUGAGCGAGGGGGAGGACCUGGAGCUGAGGGUGCUGAUCGAGGCGUACCCCCAGAUCCUGGAGAAGCGAUGGGGCGCGCCCUCCUCGCGCAUCAUUUCGGAGCUGGAGCAGAAGUUCUACACGCACAACAACAGGUACGAGGCUAUCCUCCUGCUGAAGAGGAUGAACUUUGGUGAGCAAGGCCAGUACACCUUCUACGCAAAGAGCAGCAAGGCCAACGCCUCCAUUUCCUUCAACGUGCGGAUGUACCAGAAGCCUGUCGCCGAGGUGAGAUGGGAGAACAUCAGUACCCUCACCUGCACGUCUUUUGGGUACCCCGCGCCCCAAAUAUUCUGGUACCAGUGUUCCGGAAUCAGACCAAGCUGCAGCGAGAACGUUUCGGCGGUCCUGGAGCGCCUCCCGGCGGAGACGGUGGAGGUGCAGAGGGAGAGGUACGGUCCGGUGGGGGUGGAGAGCGUGCUGACCGUGGGACCGUCCAGCCACAGGAUGACCGUGGAGUGCGUGGCCUCCAACCUGGCCGGCGUGGGAUCAGACACCUUCGCUAUGGAGGUCUCCCAUAAGCUGUUUACACCCACCCUGGUCGGCGCAGCUGCAAUGGCUGCCCUCUUCCUGCUUCUUCUGUUGAUCCUGCUCUACAAAUACAAACAGAAACCCAGAUAUGAAAUCCGGUGGAAGAUCAUUGAAGCAAGCGAUGGAAACAACUACACCUUUAUUGACCCUUCCCAGCUUCCAUACAAUGAGAAAUGGGAGUUCCCGAGAGACAAGCUGAAGCUAGGGAAGAUUCUCGGUGCCGGUGCCUUCGGGAAGGUGGUGGAGGCCAUGGCCUACGGUCUGGGAAAGGAGGACAACGUGAUGCAGGUCGCCGUGAAGAUGCUGAAGCCGAGUGCUCACCCGGAGGAGAAGGAGGCUCUGAUCUCCGAGCUGAAGAUCCUCAGCCACCUGGGACAGCACAAGAACAUCGUCAACCUGCUGGGCGCCUGCACGCACGGAGGACCGGUGCUGGUGAUCACGGAGUACUGCUGCCACGGCGACCUGCUGAACUUCCUGCGGUGCAAGGCCGAGACCUUCCUGAACUGCGUCAUCCCCAUGCCGGAGGUCCCCGAGGAGACCGGCGACUAUAAGAACCUGUGCAUCGACAAGAAGUACAUCCGGAGCGACAGCGGGAUCUCCAGCUCCUGCUCGGACAACUACCUGGAUAUGAAGCCAGGGACCGUUCCCGGGCCUGCCCAGGGUCCGGCCGGCGAGGACGACGGAGUGGACACCUGGCCUCUGGACAUGGACGACCUGCUGAGGUUCUCCCUGCAGGUCUCUCAGGGGCUGGACUUCCUGGCUGCCAGAAACUGCAUCCACAGAGACGUGGCGGCGAGGAAUGUCCUGCUGACGGACGGCCGCGUGGCGAAGAUCUGUGACUUCGGCCUGGCGCGAGACAUCAUGAACGACUCCAACUACGUGGUGAAAGGGAACGCCCGGCUCCCAGUGAAGUGGAUGGCCCCGGAGAGCAUCUUCGACUGCGUGUACACGGUGCAGAGUGACGUGUGGUCCUACGGGAUCCUGCUGUGGGAGAUCUUCUCUCUGGGUAAGAGCCCUUACCCGAGCAUCCUGGUGGACACCAAGUUUUACAAGAUGAUCAAGUGCGGCUACCAGAUGUCCAGGCCCAACUUUGCCCCGCCUGAGAUGUACUCCAUCAUGAAGCUGUGCUGGAGCUUGGAGCCCACAGACAGGCCGACCUUCAGCAAGAUCAGCCAGCUCAUCCAGAGGCUACUGGGGGACGAGCCAGAGCAGAAGGUCUAUGAGAACGUGGACGCAGACCAGCUGGAGGGCCCCCCGGAACCCUGCGACGCCACACAAUGCUGCGAGGGGUCAUGUGACCAGACCCAGUCAUGUGACCAGGACGAGGAGGAGCAACCGCUGAUGAACGCCAACAAUUACCAGCUCUGCUGAGGUGUUACAACCCACCCCCUCCUGCUCCCAAACGCCCACCGGCCAACCUUUGCCUCCGACUGCCUUAGGUCACUUCCUCUUUGCCCUUUUCAAAAAAUAUUCACACGGUUAUUGAGCUGUGGCAAGAGAUGCCUGUGUCUUCCCUGCUGGGAACAAAACUGCUCAAACUAGGUUUUGAAACAGCUGGCAGCUGGUUGACCAGUUCACACCAGCUCCCAGCUUGACAUGGUUGGACCAGCUCAAGCUAUGUUUUGAAAUGGCUUUUAGCUGGAUGACUAGCUACCAGCUCAGACAAGCUACCAGCACUAGCUGGUUGACCAGCUCAUACCCAGCUAGACCAGCUUUAUGACCAGCUUGGCCAUGCUGAAUUUUUAAGCUGGUCAAGAUGGCAUAGCUGGAUUUUACGGCAGGGUUCCCUCUGAAUCUUGAAACAAAUCUCCGCUGAAUUUUUUGCACACAGAGAAGUGCUGAGGUGUAGUGGUGCAUCUAAUGCCUGACAGGUCUCAGUUUAAACGUCUUUUGACUUUAAGAGCCGUGUCAUUGACUUCAGACAAGGCGGUGCAUGGCUGACUGAACUCAGGUCGGCGACAGAGGUCUUUGUUGACGUUGUGACCGCCAAAGUCAGAUAGAAUGCAUCCGCACAAAACCUCACACACGUUUAUGGCCAGCCCAGAUCUGUCACUUUAUGCUGAUUUUAGGGUCAUCGUCUCCCAGAGAAAUCCACGACCAUGGUACUUACAUCGUGUACAUUCACGUCAACCAAAACUACGUGGGUUAGCAGAUAUGGUUUUUCCCGAAAGUUUAGGAUCAGCAUAUUCGUUUGGAUUGAGGGAAAUGAAAGUCCGCUUUUAACUAUGUUUUUGUGACGAUAACACGUACCGUUUACACGGAACAGAGAUACGCGGUUCUCUUCGUGCAUCACUGACCAUGCAGUGCACACAUGCCAGACAUAUUUCCAGCAAAGACCGGUGGUGAAACUGCGUUCUUGCAAGACUGCGUGUUCAAUGGGGCCUUUCCACAGUUUCAGAAAGCAGAGAUUGCCUAAGUGCCCACAAAAUUUCAUAUUCAUCGAUGGAAAGUCCUAAUUCAACUGGUAAAAACAAAGCUCACUGUUUAUGAGAUAUUACAAAUAUAGUUCUGCAGGUGCAAAACCAAUUUUUCUCUUUAAAUAAAACACGGCUGGGUUUGAAAUAUGCUAAAAUGUGCUUGUUACCAGGAUCUUGACUUUGCUUGUAAACACCAGCUCCUUUUCUGUCUAAAGAGCACACCAGGAGGUCUUAUCCUCCUGAGGCAUAGCAGGAAGAAAUGUUUUAACUUUUGUGACAUUUUUGUGUCUGGGAUGACUUUGAUGGCAAAACAAAUUUGCAGUGAAAAUAUUUUGAAAAAAUAUUAUUUUCGUUUUAUUGAAUGUUCCUUCUGGGGCGGGUUUCAGUAUUGUAGAAUAUAAGGCUCUUGAGAUUAAGGGGACAAAAUGGAAUUCCCAUGUUUUAGGAUAUGAAAAUAACCCAAUGGUUAAUUCCUAUGGCCCGAUUUACUGAGUCGUUUAGCGUGCGCAAAACCUUUGAGCACAUACGGAACAAUAUGGCCAAUGAUUGGUCAUGUUAUUUGUGUUGCACCAAUCAGUGGUUUCGUUAUUAGAUUUUCUCAGUAAAUCAGGCCCUUAGUGCCUCUGACCGGGGACGUAAUGUUCUGUAGACCCACGCUAACGGUGCUCGCUUAGCACAAACGUCAACCUCCUGUAUUACUUAAAUCAGUCGACAAUACUCAUAGUAACUCAAAACAACUCACAGCCCAACAGUUUUCAAUAAGCUAAAAUAUCAACAGCCGCAGCACGAACACAACUCGAUACAAACUCAAGAUCUUGUGAAUUAGCGUCAUAGAAAAAAAGCUUACAUUUAAUUAACUUGGUCUCAUCUCACUUCAUUACAUAUAUACUACACAAUGUUUAAUACAGCAUUAAUGUUAAUGUUUUUUUGUCUGAAUAUUAUGUAAAAAUGCUGUUUACUUUUCUCCUAUGUAGCAUUCAGCAUAUACUGCCUGUGACAUUUGUAUAGAGUUAAAAUAUUAAUAUAACUGUCCAAGAUUACCCUUAUGACUGUUCUUGGUAUUGGACCACCCUGGGUGUAUAGGCAAUGCCAUGAGCAAGUUACCAAUGAAGUGUUUUUCUAAAAUUAUUUUUGUAUUGUUCAAAAAUAUAAAUUUGUAUUGCUUACUGUGAUAAAAUAUGAAUAACAACGGAAGAUUUCACAAUUCAGGAAAUGGCUUGUCAAUGAUGCAAAAAAAAAAACUGGCUAAGGAAAUUCAAAAAUACUUUGUAUGCCAGCGCUGGAUACAAUGACAGUCACCAGUGCAAUAACUAAAUUGCUAUUUGUUUUUAACAAGUCUAUGAAUGAAAAAGGUGAAUAUUUUGCUAAAAUCUAACUGAAUCAGAAUCGAGCCAUCUCUUUCCAAACUUUGAGUACUUUAGUUUAUGGACAAAACACUGAAGGCUAAAGGCCACAAAACCAAAGUAGGUGGAGCUAUCAAGUGCUAUGGAACGCUGAUAUGAGCCAAACGCUUUGAUCUCAGCAGCAGAUCAAUUUGAUUGGCUGUCAAAGUGGUCUGUAUAAUGCAUGCAUUGGUGGAUAUCUUGAUUAAGAAAACCUACUGUAAUUUUAUAAUUAGUCACAUUGGCUCCUCCUUUCAAUCGAUUAUCGCAAAAAUUCUUGAUACGAUUCUUGUUUUGACCAGAUAGAAAUUAAUAAAGAUUAUGUCUGCACAAUUGAUAAAAGCAAAAAGAAAAGAAAACAUGGAAAUCAUAAGAUCACAACAUCAAAACACCUAAGACAGGAUCGACAUUCUGGUAAGGGUAGUCAUUUUUAAAAAGUCAACUGCUCUUUUUUUUGUUUUUGUACUUGACUAAUGCAUUCACAAUAUUUCCACAAAUAUAUGAAAUACUAACAUUAUCAGGGCAUUUCACUAAUGCAAUUUAUGUGAAGCUGAGCAGAAUGUUGAACAAGCCUGUUGUAAUUCUGUACUCAUUAUCUAAUAAACAGUUCAAACUUCGA